CGGCGUUCGAUUCGUGCUGGUGGACCAGUUUGGGGGUAUAAGAACGCGGCUGUCGUAACAACCGGCCGAACUGCAACUCAAGCGCGUCUGCAGCUGCAGCAGCAAGAAGAGGAAGAGGAAGAGGAGGAAGGAAGGCGACCGCAAGGAGGAAGCUCUCGUACUCGGUCCGCCUCCUCUGCGUGAUCCUUCUCCCUUCGAAUUGGUUUGAGAAGGUGGGGAGAGAGGUGUCUGGGAUCAUGGCCACCGGAACUGUUCCUUCAUCAAUGGCUGCCAUGACUGGUCUGCGCACUGUGGACCGCAGCCUUGGCUUCGUGAAGAGCGUAGACUUCACAAGGAUUGCUUAUGCUCCUGAACAACAAAGAAUGAAGCCUCGGAAAAGAAUCGCUUCUGUGGUUAGAAAUUCUUCAAAAUCUGGCUCUGACAUUGUAGAACUGGAGCCUGCCUCAGAAGGAAGUCCUCUUCUAGUUCCCCGGCGAAAGUAUUGUGAAUCUGUACACAAGACUGUCAGGAGAAAGACUCGAACUGUGAUGGUUGGGAACGUGGCCCUUGGUAGUGAGCAUCCCAUACGAGUUCAGACUAUGACCACUUCAGACACCAAAGAUGUUGACAAGACUGUUGAGGAGGUUAUGAGAAUUGCAGAUAGAGGAGCUGAUUUGGUUCGAAUUACAGUUCAAGGGAGAAAAGAAGCGGAUUCGUGUUUUGAAAUUAAGAACAAACUUGUCCAAAACAAUUACAAUAUUCCUCUUGUGGCGGACAUUCAUUUUGCGCCUGCAAUUGCGUUGAGGGUAGCUGAAUGUUUUGAUAAGAUCCGAGUCAACCCUGGAAAUUUUGCUGAUAGGCGAGCCCAGUUUGAGCAGUUAGAGUAUACUGAUGAUGAAUAUCAAAAAGAGAUUGAGCAUAUUGAAAAGGUCUUCACUCCAUUGGUUGAGAAGUGUAAGCAAUAUGGACGAGCAAUCCGAAUUGGGACAAACCAUGGAAGUCUUUCUGAUCGUAUUAUGAGCUACUAUGGAGAUUCUCCAAGAGGAAUGGUUGAAUCUGCCUUUGAAUUUGCAAGGAUAUGCCGGAAGCUAGAUUUCCAUAAUUUUGUCUUCUCAAUGAAAGCGAGUAACCCGGUUAUCAUGGUUCAAGCCUAUCGGUUGCUUGUUGCGGAGAUGUAUGCUCAAGGUUGGGAUUAUCCUCUCCACUUAGGAGUUACUGAAGCUGGAGAGGGAGAAGAUGGAAGGAUGAAAUCUGCAAUCGGUAUUGGCACGCUUCUUCAGGAUGGUUUGGGUGACACAAUCAGGGUGUCCCUGACAGAACCACCAGAGAAAGAAAUUGAUCCUUGUAAACGGUUGGCUAACCUCGGCAUGCAAGCUUCAAAUCUUCAGAAAGGAACUGCACCUUUUGAGGAGAAACAUAGAAGGUGUUUCGACUUCCAGCGUAGAACUGGUCAACUUCCAGUGCAGAAAGAGGGUGAAGAAGUGGACUACCGUGGUGUUCUUCAUCGUGAUGGUUCAGUUCUUAUGCCAGUGUCCUUGGACAUGCUUAAGACUCCAGAACUUCUUUACAAGUCCCUUGCAGCAAAACUUGUGGUUGGAAUGCCUUUCAAGGACCUGGCAACUGUGGACUCUAUUCUUCUACGAGAACUUCCUCCUUUAGAAGACGCUGAAGCUAGGUUGGCUCUCAAAAGGUUGAUUGACAUAAGCAUGGGUGUUAUAGUUCCACUAUCUGAACAACUUGAGAAACCACUUCCUAAUGCAAUUGUCCUUGUUAAUCUCGAUGAACUUUCCACUGGCGCUAACAAGCUUUUGCCGAGAGGUGCUCGACUGGCUGUAACUGUUCGUGGGGAUGAACCAUAUGAAGUACUAGACAUCAUCAAGAAUGUCGAUAAUAUCACAAUGUUGCUACAUGAUGCUCCAUUGAGCGAAGAAAAGCUCAGCCGAGUUCAUGCCGCUAGGAGGUUGUUUGAGUAUCUAGAAGAAAAUUCACUUAACUUCCCUGUUAUCCACCAUAUCCAAUAUCCCAAAGGGAUUCACAGAGACGAUUUGGUGAUUACGGCUGGGAGCAAUGCUGGUUCCCUCUUAGUUGAUGGGCUCGGAGAUGGUAUCCUACUCGAGGCCCCUGAGCAGGAUUUUGAGUUCCUAAGGAAUACUUCCUUUAACUUACUUCAAGGUUGCAGAAUGCGCAACACGAAAACUGAGUACGUGUCUUGCCCAUCUUGUGGACGGACACUCUUCGAUCUUCAAGAUAUAAGCGCUGAGAUCAGGUCAAAGACUUCACAUCUCCCUGGUGUUUCGAUUGCAAUCAUGGGUUGCAUUGUGAAUGGGCCAGGCGAGAUGGCCGAUGCAGAUUUCGGUUAUGUUGGUGGUACUCCGGGGAAGAUCGACCUUUACGUCGGCAAGACUGUGCUGAAGAGAGGUAUCGCGAUGGAGGAAGCUACUGAUGCUCUGAUUCAGCUCAUAAAGGACCACGGCCGAUGGGUCGACCCACCAGCUGAAGAGUAGAUAAAUAAUCGCAAGAUUAAGCUCUCUUCUUGUUUUUUUUUGUAUUUGUCUAAAACUAAAAUAUUAAUAACAUAAUUUACUUGUUGGGAGAUGAAUUCAUUGUAUUAUGAGUGAAUCAGAGAGAAUAUUAAUAAGGCAAUAUUUUGCUCA